AUGCCAGCAGCAGCAGCGGCGGCGACGGCAGGGGUGACUGCAGCAGCCGGAGGGGGGCCGGCAGUGCGAGUCGUGCAGCAGGGCUUUCGGCUCACGCUCACGGCACCGUGGCUGGUGCAGCUGCUGAAAUUGUACGUGGGCCGGAUUGUACUCAUGGAUGCGACGUACGGCCUCACGAGCUACAACUACCCGGUCAUUUCUUUGCUCGUGGUGGACCAGCACGACAAUGGCAUCCCCAUCGUGUUCGGGGUGAUUCCAAGUGCAGAGGGUAAGGAAGAUGUCCAGGGCUUCAUCCAGGACGUUGAGGACCUCGCGGGCCGGUCAUCGGCAGGGCCCCGGGCGGCUGGCGUGCCCCCGCUGGUGCCGCGCGCGCGUACUCAGCCGGCGGAGACGGGCAUCGGCGCGGGGACGGCUGGCAUGGCGGCAGUUCAGCUGGAAGAAGAGGAGGAUUACUGUGUUAUUGUGGAGUAGUCAUAUAGCGGUGUGUAUGUUUGGUAGCUGUGUUGGGACUUUAGCCCCUUUGUGUUUUAGAAACUGAGCCGCGACCGAGGGUGUUGACCGGCGAGCCGUUAUCCCCGUUGUUGUUUGUUUUAUCAACGUGUGUUUUGCUUUGCUUUUUUGUGGCGAUGGCAAACUUUACUGGCAUUGCAGCGCGCGACGCGUGGUUUUCGCGAUGCAAGCAGAUGGCUCGGGUCCAGGACAAACUCCAUGGCUUUGUUUAUUUACGCUUAUAGCUAUGUUUUAUGUAACCCGUUAAGUCU